CCCAACGAAGCAUUCAAACAAACAUUUGCCACAAAACUGUCAUAACUUUUGCCAUUCAGUGGUCAUUGAGUCCAAGAGUUGCUGCAAUCAGUUGUCCAGAUGUCCGUCACAUUGAGUCCAGACAAACGGGUCAUCGUAUCCAUCAAACCAUACAAUCACGAGAAAAGUCCCAAAAUAUGUCUUUCGAUGGACUCAUGCGAUGAGACCAGUGAUGGCGUGAAUAUCCGCAAGAGUUGCCACUCAUGUCACGAAUUGCGACAAAUGGUUGCCUUCAAAGACAUGGCUAUCCGGCGAUUGUCUGAAGACAGAGAGGAAUUGAAACUCAAAUUAACACAAAUUCAUAACAAAAACAUUGAUUUAAAGCAAACACUCAAAAGACUUGAAACUCAAGACAUCGGUUCCGAUGUCACCCAAAGCCACGAGAAGUUCAAUGAACUGAAAGCAAGUAACGAGGAGUUGGUGGCAAUUAAUAGACAUUUGAGACAACAUUUAAAUACUUUAAGACAAGUGUUCACUGAGUUGUAUAAUUCCGGUGAAGACACCACAGUUACCACAACCAACACAUCCAGUGAUACUACCGUCCAAUCGGUCACUAAAACCCCGACUAAAACACAGAGUACUUCCACUGACUUCAUCGCAACUACUGACAAAUCA